UUGUUAACACUGGUAUUAGCCGUUGUCACUAAAUGAAAUUGACAGCAGGUUAGUGGUUUCUAGAAACCGUAUUUUUAAAGGAAAAAAAUUACGUAGUGAAAAAUUUCAAUUUUGAAAAAUGGUAGAUUAUAGUAAGUGGAAGAACAUUGAGAUAUCCGAUGAUGAGGAUGAAACGCAUCCAAACAUUGACACACCAUCGCUGUUUCGUUGGAGGCAUCAAGCAAGAAUAGAACGUAUGGAAGAGAGAAAAAAGGAAGAAGAUGCAAUACUCAAAAAGAAAAAUGAGAACAGUGAAAAAAUACGUGAAGUCAAAUCGAAAAUAGAAGCAGAAAAGGAUAAUUUGGCCACUCUAAAUGAACUAAAAGCAUCAUUAGCUGAAUUAGAAAAACAAUCUGAGCUGAUAAAGUCAGAGGAAGAGGCUUUAAGAAAGAAAGAUAAAUUAACCCCAUGGAAUGUUGACACCAUUAGUAAACCAGGUUUUCAAAAAACUGUUAUUAAUAAGAAACCAGCUUACCCAAAAGAUGAAUCUUUGUCAGAGGAGGCACGUGAAAGUAGAAUGAAGAAAUUUAUAAAGGAACAUGAAAAGGAACUAAAGCAUUUUGGAAUGUUGAGGCGUUAUGAUGAUUCUAAAAAUUAUUUGAAAGAUCACAACUAUCUGGUUUGUGAAGAUACAGCCAAUUAUCUUGUCAUUUGGUGCAUCAAUUUAGAAAUGGAAGAAAAACAUGAUCUUAUGGAACAUGUUGCCCACCAAACCAUCUGCAUGCAGUAUAUCCUUGAAUUGGCAAAACAAUUGGAUACUGAUCCUCGUGCAUGUGUGGAUGCAUUUUUCUCAAAAAUUCAAGUUGCUGAAGUUGAAUACAAAGAAUCAUUCCAAGAUGAAUUAAAUCAGUUUAAGGAGCGCAUUAGGAAGCGUGCUGCACAAAAAAUAGAAGAGGCAAUCAAGGAAGUUGAGGAGGAAGAAAGAGAAAAAAGGUUAGGACCAGGUGGUCUAGAUCCUCUAGAAGUUUUUGAGAGCCUUCCUGAAGAACUCCAAAAAUGUUUUGAAAGCCAAGAUGUUCAAUUAUUACAAGACACUAUUCAAAAAAUGAAUGAAGAAGACGCCAAAUACCAUAUGAAAAGAUGCAUAGAUUCUGGCCUUUGGGUUCCAGAUGCUAAAAAGAAAGAUGAAGCGGGCGCAUCCGAUUCUUCAAUAAAGGAAAAGGAGAAUGAAAAAAACGAGGCGUAAUUAAAGCAUUUUGCAAUCAGUUAUUGUAUUUUAUUAUAUUAUUAUAUGAUACUAUAUCUAUUUACAUUUAGAUCUUUAUUCAGUGUUUUAUGUUUAAUUAAUAUUGGCGUAUUCAUUCAUACAUAUUAUUAGUAAUUUCACUGAAUUUAUUUUAACGAAUCAUUGUUUUGUAACCAAUUUUGAAUAACUAAUCUUUGCUGCUAUGUGUCUGAAGGAAAAUAGAAAAUUUAUAUAUUUAUACUUAUUGUUACAUGACUGCAAUUUGGUUGUUAUAAAUAAAAAUUGGUAUUAAAUAAACAUUAUAUGAACUAUCAA